AUGGGCCAGCACCACCACAUAUAUGUCAUCGCACUCGUACGCCGCAAAGACGAGACGACUGGUCAGCGUCGUUGUAUUGCGGCAUAUCACCACCAGUGGUGCUACGGACUUACAGCAUUACUCUGUCUUUCGCGCUUCUUGAGGCUCGCAUCUCAGCCCGAUAACGCUCUCAUGAUUCGUCGUGAGAUCACGAGGGUGCAGGGCAGAUGGGGCGAGAUGCCUGUCGAAGCUGCUGCCGAAGGCUACGUCCCGUGCCCGUUCACCGCAUACCUGAUGCAACUCUCUUGGAACGUCAAUCUCAACGAUGUACCAGUAUACGUCGCCGGUACGACGUUCUCGAAUAAUAUUCUCGACGCCCGGAUGCAGACACCGCAAAUUGGUACGUUGUCUACACCGACUUGUAGAAAGCGAUUGGCGUUGACCGUUGACCUCUCGUGUCAUGUAGCUGGUGACGGAAUUACAGUCAUUGAUCUUACGAUCAAGGACAUGCCAUCUUACUGUUUCAACAUGAUUGGCGGGUCGCCUCUCACCGCUCAACAGUAUGUUCGGCGCUAUUACCGUCAGAGGGUCGAUCUCGCCAGCAUCAGCGAUGCCCAACUACUGGGCAAUGAGUAUCUGAGGGAGGAGGUUGCCAUAGAACGCGGAAUCGCCUCGGCGAUAUCAGCUCUUGAGGGUGUUCCCCUCAUGUCCCUUGACUUGCUUGUCGAGGCUUGGCCUCAGGCGUACAUUCGCGUACGAGAGAAGUUGGCCGCCGAAGGUACCUAUGUCCAAUCUACCUUCAUACCUCCGGACGAAUCACAACGCGGGACUCUCCCCGCCAACGCCCUGCCUUCACCCCCAUCGCCGACUACGUCAAGCCUGGUAGACAUUACCUUACACCAGGCUGUUCUUCACGCGGUCAACACAGGGCAUAUCAGACCUAUUCAGGAUGCGGCAUCGCAACGUGAUCAACGCGAGAUCAUACUCAGUGCCCUGUGCGAAAUAUCGCCGCUUCCUCGGGCAGGGGUUGAGUUGCUCACCUCUACUAUUGGCCGAGAUCAACCAGCCGACGCGCUCGACCUGUCCGGCUUCGAGCUGUCUCCUUCCGCUGUCCUUGGGCUCGUCGACGCAGCAGGCAGCGCUCUCGUGAAGCUCGAUCUAACCGGGAAUAACCGCGUCAAUGCUCACGACCUUCUGAACAUCCUGAGCGCAGCUCCCCACAUACGACGGCUCAUCAUAUUCGACUGCUCUCUCGUUUCAGACGAGGACAUCUAUGACAUUCUUGCCUCUUCCCCGCAGUUUCUGUACGGACUCGAGUUCAUCGGACACGACGCGUUCUUCCGGCGCGCCCGUGAUGGGAAACCGGCAUGUCCAUACGUCCCGGCGUUCACAUGCGUCGUCGGGGCAAGGCAUAGGCAACCCUUCGUCGCCUCUCUCCCAUAUUUCGCGCCAAACCGCCUCUUACGCUCCAUCUAUACACUUUUGAGGCCGGUCGCGGCUGCGGCUGCGGCUCUUGCCGCCUUAGACUUGCCUAGCGGGGCGGGUCGCACAGAACCUUUCCGUGUCGGGUCAUUGGACCCUACGCUUACUGCCGUCGCUGUCUCCGGCUUUGAACUGUUCAAUUCCUCAGCAGUCUUACACGCAGCCUUCACGACAUGGUACGGCGAAACGGUCUCCGUCACCGACGCUAUCAGUGCGACUGAAAGCCAAGAGCCGGAUCCUUCCGGGUUAAAGGCCAAUACCCAGCGAAUUACCAUGAUCCCGCAAGCCUCGAUAUCUUGGGACGGCUGGUUGCUGUUGAUCGAACCCGGGAAGCGCUGCGCCAUCGCUCGCAAACGCCGUAACACGCCGGCCGCCGUCCUGGAGUUGGAGGAUGAUGAUGACGAUGAGGAGUGGGUGUCGGAUGAGGAGGAGGGUGUGAAUGAUAAUGAAAGUAAAGUGCUGGACCUGGAGAUCUUCUCGGUUCACGAGUUCAUCAAAGCAUUGGAGGAGGAGGGUCGUCCUGCACCGCCAAUCGAGGACGUAGAGGCGCUCGCAGACAUCAUCGAGGCCGCCUUUCCCGAUCAAGGCGGCAACGAACGAUUUGACAGUGCGGAGGCCGUGACGUUCUUGGCGCACAUAGAGAUGAAGUUUCGUUUUUUCAGCUCUAUGUAG